AUGUCAGAAAAAAGAAUUAAAAAAAAAUUAAUUUCUGGCCAAAAUUACCCAAAAUCUGCGCAUUUUUUUCAACAAGAUUUCAUAGUAGAUUCAGCAUUGGAAAAUGGUCAUUAUGCAAGCUUUCUGGAAUAUUUUAAAAAUGAACAUGGUGAAGAAGGAGAUUUUCUUAUAAAACAAUAUAAGGAAAAUAUGACAUCGGCAAGGGGUGAAGAUCCUAUGGGAAAAGAACUUCAAUUAGUUUUCAAAACUGUCUUAAUCUUAAAAGAUAAUUAUUUACAAGCUGAAGACACCAUGAAAGUUCCAAUAGUGAGCCGGCAAGACCUUUAUGAUCUAUUUAUUGAUUAUAUAAAUUCAGUAGAUUAUGACAAAGACAUGAAAUACUUUGAUCCCAUUAAAAGUAGUGUAAUAUGUAUCUACAAACUGGAUUCUCAACUAAAGAAAAAGAUAUCUAAAAAAGACUUUGAUUGUUUAUCAGAAAAAUUAUCCAUUUCCGUCAACGAUUCUAAUUCUUUAUAUGUAAAGGACUAUAUUGAUGAUAUUUUAACUUGGUAUACCGAUCUAAAUACUGCACUAUUACGCAGUAAUUCAAAAAAACCAAAAAUUUCCCCAAAUUGUAGCUAUAAAGAAAAGCAAAUGAUCUGGUCGAAUUCAUAUAAUAUAGAUAAGAUUAGUGAACAACAAUUUACAUCAGAUACGAUUUAUAGUUUCGUAUUCAGAUUAAUAAAACAUAUUAAUGAUAAUCUUUGUACAUUAUUUGGUGAGAUAAUAUCAGCAGGAUCUGCUCAAAGGAAACGCCUCUAUAAAUUACUUGGAUUAAAUAAAAAGAAAAGCACAAUAGGUCAUCAUUGUGAUUUGAUUUUAUGUAAUCAAUAUGAUUAUGUACAUUUGGUCGGCGAAGUAAGUAGACCACCUUCAAGAAAACUUCCCAAUAAGGAAAGUUUUGAUCUUGGUAGAAAUAAUUGCAAUGCCAAAGAUGAAAAGAGCCUGUGUGAAUUAGCUAUAGUUGCAGAGUUUGGGCCAAUUCUAGAGGAGUCAGAUUUAGAUGUUCUGUUGAAUGAAUUAUAUAUAUUUAUGAUUCAAGUAAAAAAAAAGACGGUAGAAACAUCUGUGCUUGAUCAUAUUAUGCAAAAAAUCUACCGUUCGAGACUUUUAAACCAGGCUGAACUUCCUUUAGACAAAAAAAUUACUGAUAAAGUUAAUUUCCUACAAUUUUUAUUCACAAUUUAUGAAUUGAUCGUUGCAGUUGCUGAAAAUGCUAAUAAACUGGAUAAGUUAAUGAAUAAGCUUUCAAGACAAAAGCAAGAAUGGAAUGCUAAUAAUGUUAAUGCUAACUUUGAUACUCAAACAAUAAGCAAUGCUGCAAAAAAAUUGGUACUUUUUCAGGAAAUAACUUUAUCAACUCCAUCAUCUUCACCCUCAGGUGAUGAUACGUCCGAUUCUCCGAAGGCAUCAUUAGUAAACUUAUUGGAUUUCUUUAUUACUCUGACGUGGGCAAAAGAAACUCUACGAGAAAUGAAUUCUAUAUUUUCUUUAGAACAAGUUUUCGCCACAAAUACCAUUCUUCUUACACCAGACCAUUCACCAAUAAGUGCUGAUGAUGAUGAUUCAAUUCCAGAUAUUCAAAUUUGA